AUGUGUAUAAGAGACAGGGCUACGGCAGCAACCACAGAGGCAGAGACAAAAACAGAGACUAAAGCAGAAACUACAGACACUCCAGCAAAGGAAGAGACCAAGGCAGAGGACGCACCAGCAGCAAAUGCUGAGGCAGAGGAAGGGGGUGAGGAAAAGAAAGACGAAGACGGAACAGCAGACGCUAAAUCUUCGAACAAACGUAGUAGGAGGAAAUGGCCUUUUUCAAAAGGCAAAGGUGCUGCAGCAAAGUCAAACACAGGUGGUUCGGAAGAGGCUGGAGCUUCAGGUGAGAAGACGGGUCCUACAGAUGCUGAAAUCGAAGCAGAGUUACAAAAGAAGGCCAAAGAGUUAGAGUCAGAGAGGAACAAACUGAAGGCUAAAGUCGAGCUUCACAAGAAGGUUAUUGACUUGGAAAACGAAGUAAAAGAGCUUAAGGCACAAUUGGCCGAAUACCAAGAGGGGAAACCCGAAGGAGGUGGAAACGUUGUAAAACCAUUCGUAUUUCAAGGGACCGAUGUGACGAAGUAGUAGCAGACAGCAGACUAAAUAUCACCACGCUGCAUGCUUGAUGCUGUCAACCACCCCACCUCUUAUUGGAGAAAAUUAUGAAGGAGUCCAAAAAAAUUCAAAUGGUAACGGUUAUACGCCUACUAACACGUGCCAUGACAACCGAAUAACUGUCGUAAAGGCAAAACUAUUUGAAAUAUUUAUCUUUAAAAUUUAAAUUAAAACCUUAAUCUAAUAAAGCCGAAAUAAUUGGUCGUGGCAUAUCAUAACAUAAGCACAUAUUGUUUGAUAAACCCUAAUAGAUAUAGUGUUAUCCCAUGGAAAAGAAAAGAAAAUGAUUACGUUAUAUUAAGGGCCAAAAUUUCCCUUGACCUUGAAAAUAUAUUAGUAACUUGCUUGUGACGUGUAUAAUACAGUGAGGUUGCAUGCAUAUCAUUCGACGUGGAAAGAGUUUGGUAUUUGUAUAAUUUUAAGAAAGGUAGAUUUGUAUCAUCUAAAAUUAAAGAUAGGCCUACUGUAAAAAAAAGUAAUAGUCUUGGUAAAUUGAGGGCGCCCUGUUGACAAAUAAAUUAUGAUAGUCCUCAAAAUGCUACAGGGCACAUUCACUUUACCAAGUUGCUGAAUUAUGUGAUUACAUUUUGGCAUUAGUGUUAGAAAUAAUAAAUUCGUUAGUUCGAAUCAAUUUCGCCUAUUUUACGAAACUGUGAAUAUUAAUAUUUGAAAUUAAAUAAACCUAUGCACCUUCACCUCUGUGGAAAA